AUGGCGCGACCACAGCAAGGAUGCACCGACCACGGCCAACCGGGACAUAUCUGCAACCACAGUCCGAGCUCCAUCGCCGAGAACCUUGACGAGAUCGAAUUCAGUCGAUCGAUCCACGCCGCAUGCAUUAGCAACAAUCUCACUCGGGUCCAAACCAUCCUCUCCAAAGGCAACAGCCGUGGUGUUUCCCCUGCCAAUGCUCUUGACACCGCUGGAUAUACAGCUCUGCACUAUGCGAGCAGGGCAGGCAACAAAGAGAUCUGCACGCUCCUCCUGAACGCCGGCGCCGACAUCGACGCCAAAACCCCCGAGCUCGGUGCCACUCCGCUAAUGCGAGCCGUACAACAGAAUCACAUCGCCAUCGCCCGGCUCUUGGUCUCCUAUGGCGCUAGUAUCGAUGACCAUAAUGCUGAUCAGGAAAAUGUCUUUCAUAUUGUGGCCGUCGCCGCAUCAGGAGGAAUGAACAAUAAUAAUGAUCCGGAGGUGUUUCUGGAGCUAGUGCGAUGGCUGAGGAUCAAGGCUGACUCCCAGGAAGUCAUGAGCGAUAGUCAAUACUGUCAAGUCCACUGGCGCGAUGCAGAUCUCAUCAACAUCGAGACGGAAUGGGAGUCUGAAGAUCUGCCGGAUGACUCCAUCACGGUGCCCUUGAACGAGCAGCCGGCAUCUACAGAGGAAAGCGAACAAGGUACGCAGGAUAGCCCUUAG